AUGUCAUCAACUUCACAUCCGACAUUCAGCUCCGAGCCUCAAGUUAUCGAUGGACAGUUCCUCGAUCAAAGAAAGUUGAUGCGUCUUCUCAAAGAUGUCUAUGGGACUUCUGAAGAGGGAAAGAACAACUUCCGAGUUGAACUUCGACUCAAUCGAUACAGAAUCUACCCUCUAGCACGAUCAACUAGUAAUCUCACCGAAGAUCAAAUCGAGGAUUGUCGCGCAAUUAGACGUCGAUGA